GACACAUGGGACAAGAGAGCCUAUUCGAUGUCCUGACUAACUAUUAUAGCUCCUUUUUUCUUGCAGGUACUAUUCUGAUAAAUGCCCUAGUCCCGGACUCGAUCAAGACGGUUGUCACAGGGGCGGAGAAGGAGGAGUUCUCGAGAGCGGUCAUACGCGAGGGAGUGUUUGCAGCCUUAAAGCAUAUGGGCACUAGGAAAGCCCCAGGAGCCGACGGCUUCUCCGCUCUUUUUUACCGAAAGUAUUGGAACAUCAUUGGAAUUGAUGUGUGGCAAUUGGUUCGUGAUAUUAUUGCAGGUAGUGAGCUGGCCCAGGAUAUGAACCAUAUGCUUAUUACGCUGAUACCUAAGGUGAAGGAACCUUCUUCACCAAAGGAUUUUCGGCCAAUUAGCCUAUGUAAUGUCCUGUACACGUUGGUGACAAAGGUUCUGGCUAAUCGAAUAAAGACCAACCUGGAAAGGAUAAUAUCUCCAGAGCAAAUUGCUGUUGUUCUUGGGAGAUUGAUCACGGACAUCAUGAUGGCAUCAUUUGAGUGUUUCCAUUCAAUGAAGAAGAAUUCAAAGAGCAAGGUGGGUUUCCGGGAGCAAAGAUAGAUAUGGCAAAAGCAUACGACAUAGUUGAGUGGCACUUCCUUGAAGGUGUGAUGCGGCGUAUGGGAUUCACAGAGAACCGAAUCUCUAUUGUUAUGAAGUGUGUGAGCUUUGUCACAUACUCCAUCCUUGUUAGCGACGAUGACUGGGACAUCCAAAAAAGAACUCUUUAAUGAAGUUAUGGAUCGCCU